UAUUAACUCAAUUAUUCCCACAAAUGAUUUUUCAUCAGCUUUGGGGAAUUUUAUUUUUUUUAAAAAAAAAACAAAGAAAAAUAAAUAAGUGAAAUUCAGAGGCCAGACUGGACCAAAAUGGGGCAUACAUAUUUGGACAGCCCAGUUCUGGAUAGAACAAAAAUGCUUUCCUUAUAUAUAUAUGUUUUUUUUUUAAGCCCUGUAUUUUUUAACCUUUUCCCAAAUUUCGACCGUUGAAACCUGAAAGUCAUCUACUCUCCCUCCAAUCAACUCCAAACGGUCAUUUCUCCUUUGCCAAACACUUAAAAUACCCUGCAAAAGUACUCAACUAUUUGUCAUCUGUAGCUCGUUUUUUUUCAGCUGGAUUACUCUACUCAAUUCUGCUGUUGGAGAGAAAAAAAAAAACUCCAUUUCAUUCCAUUAAUCGAAUUCACAUUCCAAUGGAGAAAUUGGUCGAAGCAUCAGUGAAUCAAACAGAAUCCAUUUCCAAUCCCAUUGUUGCCAAUGAAGUUGAACAGAACCAGGUUGUUGAAGUAAUCAAACCCCAGAAGCCAGCCUCAAACAUACUAAAACCAGUUACCCCUGAUCGACUUAAGGUCCCUAAAGCAUUCAAGUACCCAGAAAGGUAUACAAGUCCAACUGAUCUAAUGAUGUCUCCAAUUUCAAGAGGGCUUCUCGCUAGAAGUAGAAAGACCACCGCACCCGUGCCAUUAUCGUUGCCGCUGCCGUUGCCUCCCUCAGCAAAAUCAACCACUUCUAUGCUGUCAACAUGAUUGAUAAAUUUAGAAUCUUUUUUGAGUUUUGGUUCCUUGGUCCAAUAGGGAUCUUGUGUUUUUCUUCCUUUUCUUUUUUUUUUUUGUACUCUGUUCUGUUUGUAUUGUCAAACAGCGGGAAUGUACCAUUCCUUAAUGCCUUGCCUCUAUGGUAAUUUAGAAUUUAAUCUUUUUUUUUUUCAUCUUUCUGGCUGCUGAAAGUUUAGUUCAGAUGAUUGAUAUCUUGCAGCUUGUCGCAAUGCACAAAGUAUCAAGAAAUUGGCCUCGUGUGCAAAUCGGAAUACAGAAUCAAAAUUAAUUGCUUAAUGCACAAAACUUGCUCAGCUACAUUAUAUAAUGGGACUGAAUCAACAGCAAUUUCAAAAGUUAAAUUCAUUCUUCAUUCAAGCGAACCUGGUACCACUGAAUGGAACCAACAUCUCCAUCUAUUUCGAGUUCACAAACAAAAGUCACUAAGAAAUGAACAGCAUCAUCAAUGCAUUCGAAUCUGCUGAGGUCAGGAGGCAGAGACUUGCCUGGCCAAUUCUCUAGCCAACCUUUCAAUCUGCUUCUUAACUCUUCCUCUGUCACAAACACCUCAUCCUCUCCUGGCUCCAAUAGUACAUAUGUUCCGGUCGAAAGGUCCGCUCUUUUCCUCCUCCUAACCGCACGAAUCUGAUCCCCUCCCCCGGAAAAAUAAAACCGGCCACUUUCAUUUAGCAUAUUUUUCACAAAUUCACAAUAAGAAAAAAAAACCAUCGACUGAUAAAUGAAAAGCAAUUGUCACCUUGGAUGGGUAAGUUCUUCGUUUGCUUUUUAUAUUGGUGAGUCCUUGGAAAGAAGAACAGCUCAACCCAUCAAAUUCAGCUCGGAUUCUUGAUUGAAACGGGGAGAACGUAUAUUGAUAGCUCCUUCUAUUACAACAACGUUUGCCUGCUCAGAAAAAUCAUGUGUCAAUAACUUCCUCUGUUAUGUUCCUUGAGAUUUAAUUUCGUAAAUGUAUAUAGAACAUGGGACAGGUUAAAACUAACCGAUUAUGCUGAGAUUUGCGUUGCUAAAUAUCUGCAUGUCAAGAAGCCCCUCCAUUGCUCAGCGACUUUGCGUUCAGAAUUCAGAAUCUUUUGGUUUAGCAAGCAGAAAAAAAGAGUAUAGAAAGCCACUCCUAGUUAGCUUAGAUAAGAUGAAUAACCACCUCAAAAGUCUCAAACUUGUACUUGCAUUAUUGGCCCCUCGUUUUUC